AUGGCUGGUAGAAAGGUAAUUAGCAAACUAAUGGAGAGACGGUUACGAGUGCUGGUAGACAUGGAUCAAACCAUUGCAGACUUUGAGGGAUAUUUUCUAACCAUGUAUAGAAAGAAAUUUCCUGAUGAGCCCUAUAUAGAGAUGGAGGAUCGACGGACCUUUUAUCUGGGGGAUCAGUAUGAAAAGCUAAAAGAAGGAUUGAAGAAAAAAGUGAAGUCGAUUUAUGAAGCUGAAGGUUUCUUUCGUGACCUUCCAGAACUUCCUGGGGCUUGCAAUGCUAUCAAGGCCAUGGAUGCUAUGGAAGGAGUGGAUGUCUUUCUGUGUACCAGUCCCUUGUUUCAAUACCAGUAUUCAGUCAAGGAAAAGUAUGAAUGGGUGGAAAAUCAUUUAGGUCCCGACUUCAUAGAGAAGGUGAUCCUGACUCGUGACAAGACCGUGAUCAAUGGACACCUUCUGAUUGAUGACCGACCUGACAUCAAAGGUGCCUGUGCUAAGCCAACAUGGGAACACAUCCUGAUGGAUGCCUGCCACAACAAACACAUGAAACGUUUAAAACAACGAAGACUGGAAAACUGGACAGAUGGUUCAUGGCAAUCACUAAUUGAAGAAAGCUUGAAGAGACUUUGA